AAAACACCAGAAAAAAAAUCUGUAACUAGGCUCUUAAGCUUUAUUUUUUGUUUUUGUUUACUUUUUUUAUUAGAAACAAUCAUGUUUGUGAUGGUAACCUCCAAUGGUAAACUCAACACCGUAUUUUAAUAAAAUCCUAAAAAAUUAAACAUCUUGCGCCUACGUUUUUAUCUACCAUCUAAACCCUAGUGUUUCUCUUGCUGAACCUUUAAACUCUAGAGUUUUAUUCAGCUUUUUUUUUCUUUUUUUUUAAAGCAGCUUCUUGCCUGAUUAUUAGUGGUUAGUGUGUUGCAGACUGCUUUUGUGGUCUGAGGAUGUAAAGCUGUGUUUAGCAAAGUUUUGCCACAAACAAAAUUGUUUACCGCAGUUUGGCAGCUCUUUAUAUGGAGCAAUGCAGUGCCAGGACGGCCGUGCAGGCCCAUAGGGCUAAAAGACGGGAUGGUGGGGGGGAUUGUGGGCUUUAAAAUUGCUUCCACAUGCAUAUAACCAGGAGACUUCUCUUGAACAGUCAGCAAUGCAUUGUUGGUAUUUAUUUAGUGAUUCCCAAGGAUUGUUUUAUCCCAGUUAUUGGCACCGAGGCAAUUCUAGUGCCUCGCAAAACUAAAAUUGCAAGGAAAGUAAUUUUCUAACAUUGCAACCACAAACAUAAAGGUAUUUAUUGGUAUUUUCUAUGAUUUACCAACAAUAAAGUGCUACAUAAUUGCAAAGUAGAAGUAAAAGGAUAUGUUGCAUUCAAUGUAAAAAAAAUAAAUAAAAAAUAUUUUCUGUGAUAUGGCUCAUUUGAAUUCAGCCCUUUUUAAAUCAUCCUUUCAUAAAAUCGAGUGCAGUCAGUGGAUUGGCACGCCUGUACUUACCAAGACACGGCUGUUGAGCAAGAAGAGAGUAAUCAGAAGCCCCAUAAUGCCCUCAGAGGAGCUGCACAGACCAGCAGCUGAGGUGGGAAAAACUAUUGAAAGGACGACUUGGUCGUAACACUGGCAUUUGUGAAAGAGAAGCAAAAAGAAAACCAUGUCGAGAGAGGUCUGGUUUGCAGAUUGUAAAGGUCGUGGAGGGGACACACCGGUCUGAUGGGACAAAAAGUGAGAUUUUUAACCUACAUGUAAAAUGUUUAGGGGAAUAAUUAUGCUACCAACCAUCUCUGGUGGAGUCCACAAGUUGUUUUUUUCUCAGGGAAGUCGGUCUCUGUUGAGAGAGAAGCAUCUAAAUCUGAUUUAGAUUUAAGUCUGAACGAGUCCCUGGUCCGACACACCGAUGGCUGAUUUACCUCCCCAGCAUGUAGUCAUGUUCUACAGAGACCAUUUAAUUCAUUAGUUACACGAUUCAUGUGUGUUGAAGCAGAUAUGUGAAUCAGGACAUCAGGACCUCUAAUCUUAAACCACUUCAUUUUAGCUCUGUGGGUGGAUUCGCAGAUCGACCUAAAAUAUUCAUAAUAUUGAUACCAAGUCAGUAUUUGAAUAAUACUGACGCUGGUAUCGUUCCGAUCUUACUGGCAUGCUGAGAUUAAUACCGUAGUUUCAGAUUCUCACUCAACUCUACCUCAAAAAAGGAUUUGUUUCCAUGUGUUCUCAAAUUAUAUGUUUUUGCUUUUCUAUUGUUUCUGCUCAUCAUAAAACACCUGAAGGCCAGAGGUUUGAUAAUAUAUCAAGUAUCUGAAUCGUUAUUGGCGAUACUGGCGCUGUACUGUGUACCAUGAAAUGCGGUAUCUCACACCUGUAAUUUUUAGGGUUCUUUACUUGCUGGAAAGUGAACCUUGACCCCAAAUUAAUGCUUCCUCAAACAUGUUUUCUUCCAGUUUUGCCCUGAGUUUUGCUCUCCCCUCCUUGCUGUCGGUUCUGAUACCUUAUCCCUGAUAAAGUGAAGACUCCCCAUGGCGUGAUGCAUGCCACCAUAACGGGUGGGUAACGGGUGCUGUGGGUCAUAGGUCACACAUGGCGUUUUUGCAUGUGGACCAGAGAGUUUAAUCUUCAUCUCUUCCACAUGUUUGCUGCGAACUGCAAAUAAUUUCUUCAGCAAUUCCUCUCCUACUGACACACAUUCAGAAAGGCGAGAUGCAUUGAUUGCACAACGUUGUUUUUAUGUCGGCAGACGUGUUGCUCCUCCAAAGUUGGCAAUCGCUCCACGUUAUGCAGAGAAUAAAUGACGAUUGUUUUCUAAUUGAGUGGCUGUUGAAGGCAACUGGUGAUGCUGAAUUUUAUUUAGAGUAAUCGCAGCAAAGGGGACUGAAUACAAAAGAAAUCCAGUGCAAGGGACUGUUUAUGUGGGACAAUUGCACUUCAGCACCUGAAGAAAAGCCAGAUGAUUAACAUAAUGAGUCCAGUAGUUGAAACACUUCUGUCUGAAAGUACCUUGAUCUUUACACCAUCACACACUGGAGCCUUGAUCUCUGUUUUUGUUGAAGUUGGGGGAGGAGGGAACAGACGUAUUGCACAAUCACCUGUUUGUCCACUUCUCAGAAGUUACUAGAGGCCCAGGAUGAUAGCUGGGUUUUUACUGGAUGUGACUCGCACUUCGUCCAACUCCUUCUCCAACCUGACGUCGUACGGUUCCUGACUUCUGCCAGCCGCCAUGCUGCACCACCAGAGACUCUAGCUUUCUUUUUUUUUUUGCUUGUUUGUUUAGCGCUGGAGUAGACACUGAGGCCUCAUCACUUCUGGGAGAACACAGUAAAACCAGUAAAACGUGAACCCCCGGUUCCCACACUGCUUCUGAGUUCGUAAACUCAGAUAAGUGCUCUGUAAAAUGGGUCAGUGUGCAUUAGAUUUUGGUGAAAAACAAGGUGGGGUUUUUUUGGGGUUUUUUGCUUCUGCUAGUUUCCAGAUGUCUGCCCUUUUUUCUUCUUUCAGAAUGUUUUUUAGUGUUUGACUUUGUGUUAGUUAGAAAAUUAAUACAACAUUUUAUCAAAUUCAAACACUUGAGACCUUUCCAAUUUGAAAUGUAUACCUUUUAAUUGCCGGCAGUCCUUUUAUGUUUUUCUUUCAGCCUAAUAUUUCUUCCAUUUGUCUGAAGCAAAGUGUUUUCAACCACAAGUAUUAGUUUCCAGAUUUUCUCCUUAAAACCGAAAUAACUUCACUCUGGCAUGAGAGAGUCAACAAGAGCCAACAGCGUUGAACCUUAAUGGGGGCAGCCUGACAGAUCCGGGUGUGUGUGGUAGUGUAUGGCAUGCUCUUGCGUACUUGCCCAUGUGAUGGAUUGGUCUCCAGGCAGACAAAGUAUCCCACGUGGAGGGAUCGGACUACCAACCCGAAGGCAGCGGGAUAAAUAUUUGUCUUGGGUUGUCUCUGGAAUGAUCGAAUAUUAUUUCAGCCUAUAAAGGACUCAAAUGCUGCGUCCCGUUCAGAGCUUGGUUUUCAAUCUUAUUAUACCCUUAAACUGCUCAUUUAAUCUGUAUUGAUUGUUUUUUUGGGGGGUUUUUUUCCUUGCUGGUUUAAUUCUGAUCGUAGUUGGUAACCGGUGCAAAAAUGAUUGGUAUUGCAUGUGUGGUCUGGUGUAAGAAGUCUCUUUUUGACUCUGGAGUGUGCUUGUAAGUAUAUUAGCAUCCUGGGUUUGGGGUUUAACCUGGUUUUCAUCACUGUGUUUACACGGAGCACCAGGAAGCGGGUGAUUCACAUCCUUGUUUAAAUGAUUGGAUUUGUAUUCGGCUCUCUGACCAUCUGUAGACAUCUGCGUCUGAUUUUUAGAGACUCUUAGCCCCUUAAGAUCAUCUCCAAAUUGCCUGAGAAGCUUGUCCGAGUUUACAGAAAUGAUUUCACCGGGUUCGUUACAAUUAUCUCGGCCGCUCUGUUCUGUUUGACCCACUUCUGCAGCGCGCACUCCUAAAUAAAUGUGCACUGUAAUUGUUGACAGUCUUCAGCUGAGAAUAGCUCCUCAAAAUCCACGGGUUCACAAGGGGUUUGACUUGUGCUUUCCAAAAGACACAAACUGCGCCUUGUAAAAGCAUUAAUACCUGUCAAACUUUUUUUUUUUCUUUUUCGUUUUUUUUUUUUUGUCACGUUGCAACCAGAAACUUCAGCGUGUUUUAACUGGCUAUCACAAAGCGGCGCAUGGUUUUGGUUGUGAAAGGAAAUGCAUAAAGAGUUUUCAAAAGGUAGAAAAAGUUUUUCUUACAUGUGUGAAAUGCCAUUGCAUGAUCAGUCCAGAUGGCCCACUUUUCCUCUGAUCCACCUGUAGAAAAUCUAGCUCUACUAGUUGCCCUCAAAAGUCUUAUAAGCAAUAAAGAGAGUCAGCAUCUGUAUAAUUUAGUGGACCUAACUGUGUUGGGAAGGCCUCAGACACCUCAGCAGAGGGGGUGAGAGACGAAGGCGAACCCUAACCCUAUCCACCUAAACCGACUGUGUGGACAUGCAGAGAUCCACUGCUCGGGUGGAAGAACCGCUGCAUAUGACAGGCAUAAAUUCACAAAUCUGUCGAGAAGAAAGACAUAGCUGAAUGAAAGUCUUACCCAUGUAGUGCUGCCACUACUCUGAGGCAGCAUCAUGCUGCUUUCGUCAGGGACACCUGGUCAGAGUUGAAGGGAGGACGGAUAUAGCGAGCAUUUUGUGACAAAAUGUUAAAAAUAUAUUUUAAAAAAGAAAAUCAAGGGUUAUGAGUCCUUUUGUGAGGCGCCGUGCCAUCUCUCUUACUAGAUAGAUCAGAACAUGCUGUUUGUUAGAAACUUUAUACCAAAAAUGGCAUAAAUGUGAGCUUCAGCUGAAUGCCUGAUCUCUUUCUAAUGUUGCUUUUCUUUUUCUUUUUUCUUUUUUUUUCCCCCCCUCUUCUUCUCUGCGUCUGUCUGGCUUUGGCGUUCUGUGAUUAGCUCAUGGCUUUCCCUCGUCUGACUUCACUCACUGGAGCAACGCUGACGCGAGCUCAUGAUUGACUGAUGAGGACGAGAGGAAAACUUCCAUCUAUCUUGGAGUUUUGCGUCAGCCUGGCAAAUCUGCUGCUGUAUCUGGUGUCCUAAUGCUAAUCUCUCGUGUGUGUGUGUGUGUGUGUGUGUGUGUGUGUGUGUGUGUGUGUGCGCGUGUGUGUGUGUGUGUGUGUGUGUGUGUGUGCCAUCAUUAGUUCCAGUUUUCAGAAACACUCACGCUCUAUCUGCCAUUGUGACCAAUCUACCUGACCAAUCUAAAAAAAUAAAAAUGAAAAAUGUUGUUUGAAGCUAAAUAUCAGUCUGCCCGCUCGCUGAGCUCAUUGUUAUCAAUCAGCAAGCGGAAGCAGGGGAGUUUUCCUGCAUCGCAGCAGAACAGAUGCAAAAGGACUGGAUGCAAAUCAAAAAGAUGAAUCAAGUCCGUAAUGAAGGGAGAAACAGAUGGAGGGAAAUAUAUCUACUUAACCGACUCCUUUAGACUGCAGGACAUAAAAAAAAUAAAUAAAAAUACAUUGUCACCUGAUACCCAUAAGUCUGCUUUUCCUUCUUCCCUUUUCUGCUCGUCGUCAUCAGCUGCUUAUUCCUGGAAAGGUCUGUCGUUUCGGCGCCGGUUGAGAAUAUCUUUGUUCCUCUCAGCGCAGGCAUCAACGUGUCUGUAGGAGUCCUGACCACAUGCCCAAAUCACCGUCAGGAUGUUUUGUUUUUGCGAUACGCUGGUUGUGUAAAUGUAGAGGCGGUGAACAGAAGCGGCAGAAAGUCUCCACUUUCUGCACGUGAUCAUUUCACGUCUCACUUGUGAGGUUUUACGUGCGCUAUGAUAAUGUAGCUGUAAAACAAAACAACAACAAAAAACGAUGCUCCGAAGACAUCCGUCAUGCCGCUCAAACUGUGCAAGUCUCUCUCCAGAAAUGUUUCCCUCAAUGGCAUGUUUUGCACAAAAAAAAAAAAAGUUGUUUCAACCCACAGGAGAACAUGGAUUGUAGUCGCCGUCAGGAUAGUAUCACAUUAUCUAGCCACACAUGAGAAACUGGGAAAGGUUUUUGAGUUUUUACGCACUGACCUUUCCUUGCCAGGCUGUGCAUGUGUGGGCACACAGGUUGCUUCUUUGUUCAUUUUUGAAGCCUUUGGUUAAAGUGGCUGUUUUAAGACUCUGACAUGAACAAACAGGGUCUUUUUUUACACUCAGCUUCAACAUAUUCACAAGUGGCUCCUGAUAACAGAAACCUCCCUGGUUGUCCAUGUGCGUCCCAGCUGUGCGGAGAAUCGCUUUUUUUUUUUUUUUCUUUUUCUGCUGCUGCACACAAACAUGACGUACUACACACACUAACCUGAAGAAAUGGGAUUCCUCAUGCUCGAAUCACAGCUGGAUCUGGAGAUGGAGCUGUUUAAAGUGGAGAAGUACAAAAAAAAAUAAAGAUACGGAAACCAUUUUAAAACCCCUUUGAUUCCCUCUGAUUUCCAAUCAAACUGAAAUUAGCUGCAGAAAGCCAGUGCUUCUGUCCAGACGCCCCUCAUUUGUCAGGCAGGUUGCACGUCUGUCUGGGGAGCCCAAGUUCUCCUUACUCUCUCAAUUUUACUGCCAUUUUUUUUUUUUUUUCUUUUUCUUUGUAAUCGAGCACCAAAAUUUAGACAACGCUUUAGGGUGUUUGCCUGGAGGGAUGUUGAUUGCCUUCUGGGAAUUGAGGCACAUUGAACGACAGACAGAGAGAGAGAGAGAAAGAAAGAGAGGAGCAAAGACUGUUAACUGCCUUUCCAUACAAGGAGAGGUGAGGGGCGAGUGGGGGAGGAGAAAGAGAGUGAGAGGAGGGUAAUAUGAGGAGAUACAAUGAGAGAGAGAGAGAGAGAAGGUAGGAGGAGAGAAAUCUGGAAAGAGAUAAAGGGAGCGAAAAAGACUGAUGAGGUUGUGCCAGUUCCAGCGGAGAGGAAAGUGAGCAGAGCUGAAUCCUCCCUGUGGUUGUGCUGCUGCUUCUCCGACUGACCCAACGCAGAUGAUGUCUUCAGAACGCCCGGCCUGUGGUUGGCUGCACAAGCUACUCGUUUUGCUGGUGAAGCUUCAUUUCGCGUUUGCCGAGCCUCUGCAACCCCUCAACGGAACGGGCUGCACAGCCAAGGGUCCCGCUUCCUACAUCCUGGUCUUUACGGGUCACUGGAGCCCGCAGGCGUUUCCAAAGCAGUAUCCCCUGUUCCGACCCCCAGCGCAGUGGUCCAAACUCAUAGCGGCCAGCCACAACCGCCACUUUCGGCUCUGGGAGGAGGGCUCUUCGGCCAGUCCCGGGGUGCAGAGCUUUGCUGAAGUCGGGGUGACGGUGGAGCUGAUGAAAGCAGCCAAGGAGGCCCGGAAGAAGCGCACGGUCGGAGUCAUGUACCGGACAGCUGGCAUUCCCAAUGGGAUCGGACACAGCUCCACGGAGAUGCUCAUGGUGCCCCGCAACCCACUGCUGUCUUUGAUGGUGAAGAUGAUCCCCAGCCCUGACUGGUUUGUCGGUUUGGACAGCCUCAAUCUUUGUGAGGGUAACCGGUGGAAACAGGAAGUGACCGUCGACCUCCAGCCUUACGAUGCAGGAACGGACAGUGGAUUCACUUUUUCCUCUCCCAAUUUUCCCACCAGCCCCCCUGAAAACAUUACAAAGAUCACGUCACAAAUGCCGAACCAUCCGGCCAAUUCCUUCUACUACCCUCGACUAAAGGAGCUUCCACCUAUUGCCAGCAUAAAGAUUACCCGGCAGCGUCGAACGCCAGACCGCCAAACUUCUAUUUCUAAUCACAUUCUGCCAAACUCCAUCAAUCCUCAGCGUUUCUCAGCAACACCUUUGGAUUGCGAAGUCUCCCUCUGGUCAUCUUGGGGUCUGUGUCUUGGUCCCUGCUCCAGAGGCGGAGUUCGUCACCGCACACGUUACAUACUUCUGCGGCCAGCAAACGCUGGCAGCCCCUGCCCUGAGCUGGAGGAACAGGAUGAAUGUGUGCCACACAAUUGCAUGAAGAAACGCCAGUGAUCGUCAAAGCAGGAGCAUAAAAACAACCAGUGAUAAACACUUGGACUCUCAUGCUAUCAGUGCUGGACCGAGAAAACGUUUGAGAAUUUGUCCGAUUUUUUUGAAGUGAAGCAAUAAGAACUCAAUAUGUUUUGUCACAAAAAGAGACAUCUGCAAAUCAGCAGAACUAAGAAAAACAGAAGUCUCUUGGAAAAACUGGUUGAUGGAUGAAAAUCAAAGAGCUAAAAUGUUAUUUAGUCUGACUUUGUUUUUACAACUGUUGUACAACCUGUGUUUGCCCAAAGGUUGAGCUGUUUUGUAAAAUGUAAAUAAAAGUGAAAUGCAACCAUUUGUAAAUUAUCUCAAAAAAAUAUAUAUGUUUCAUUCAAUAUAACAGAAAUAUGAAUUAAUUUGUGUUGAAACAAAGAAUUUGUGUACCGUUUUUCAUUUUGUCAAAUAAAUGCACAUUUUGUUGUA